CUCAGGCGACGAGUGGGCGUGGUCCAGCCAAGCGACACUCAGCCUGAGCGCUGACUCCCGGCAUGCACUGGGCGCGCUGCAGUUAGGCCACGUCCCCGGGCCACGUAGCUUGGCGCUCGCCAUUUUAACGGAUUGAAGUCAUCGGCUGCAGCGUCAGAGCGAGCUCCGCGGUCCCUGGGUCACCUGCCCUCUCCCUCAGCCGGACACACAGCACCAGCCGCCAACAUGAACGUCUUCAGGCUGAGCGGAGACCUGUCCCACCUCAUCGCCAUCAUCAUCCUCCUGCUCAAGAUAUGGAAGAGCCGGUCCUGUGCCGGUAAGUGACCCCGGCUAUACCGCCUGACACCGGCCACCAAUACCAUACACUGAGCUGGCAGCCAGGGGCCACCAAUACACUGAGCUGGCAGCCAGGGGCCACCAAUACACUGAGCUGGCAGCCAGGGGCAACCAAUACACUGAGCUGGCAGCCAGGGGCCACUAAUACCCUGCCAGGGGCCACCAAUGCCCUGAGCUGGCAGCCAGGGGCCACCAAUACACUGAGCUGGCAGCCAGGGGCCACCAAUACACUGAGCUGGCAGCCAGGGGCCACCAAUACACUGAGCUGGCAGCCAGGGGCCACUAAUACCCUGCCAGGGGCCACCAAUGCCCUGAGCUGGCAGCCAGGGGCCACCAAUACCAUCCACUGAGCUGGCAGCCAGGGGCCACCAGUGCCCUGGGCUGGCAGCCCAGGGGCCACCAGUGCCCUGGGCUGGCUGCAGGACCAGGGAGAGAAACAAUAUACACCCAGUGUACCAUCACUGCAUCUAGUGGGCUAUACACACUUUAUUAUAUACCUUUUUUAUAGUUCCAAUCUGUGUAAUAUAUGUAAAACCCUGUAUUCUAUACAUUAUAUGGACCAUCACCUGUACUAUAUAUAGAUUAUCAAAGUACCAAUCUCUGUAAUAUACAGAAGAGUGUAUUAUAUAGACUAUCACCUGUGUUAUACUAUUUUGUGUGUAAUAUAUCUAUAUCUCUGUGUAAUAUACAGGACACUUAUAUUAGACACCGUAUUUUAUAUUCUAUCAAAGUAUAUUUCACUUGUUUUAUAGUGUAAGUACAUCUGAUGGGCCAUCCCAUCUGUCUAAUAUUAGACACUAUAUUAUAUACAUUAUAGAUGUGAUCACAUUAUAUUUUACAUGUUUUUAUAGUGUAAAUGCAUCAAAUGGACUAUCCCAUUUGCAAUAUUUAUGAUGACUAUAUUGCACACAGUUCUAGUAUAUUCACAUGUUGCAUUUGAUAUAGGGGAUCAUUUUAUAUCCCUUUGCUUUAUUACAGUAUCUGAAAAUAUACAUCCAUAUGCCUUAUUAUAUAUAUAUAUAUAUAUAUAUAUAUAUAUAUAUAUAUAUAUAUAUAUAUAUAUAUAUAUUAUAAAAAAUUUUUGUGUGUGUGAUGCAGUGUAAUUGUAUAUGGGUUACAACACCGAAACUAAAGUACAAUACUGCUAAAUGUGGCAUUAAUGUAUCAUACUAUACCCACAUAUAAUAUUUCAGAUUGCUAGGUUAUCACAUAUUUACAAUAAUACUGUAUCACUUUCUGCAGAAUGGAAUGUUUGUCUAAUAUUACUGGAAAGUAUACAGUAACUUGGACUAAAAUCAAAUUACAGUAUAAUAACUUACUGGUUAAUAAGACCAUAUAUACAGUAUUACUGUAACAUUUACUGUCACAUGUGGAUUUUUAUUUUAUUUUAUCUGUUUAUCCAUUAACCACACUCCAAAGGGAAUCACUGUAACUUUUCUGUAAGGACUUCUAUUUAUAUUAUGUGGGUUUUGUUUACUAUCAUAUAUUUCUUUUUUUUUUUUUGUCCUCGUAUAACUUGCUGUACACAUCCACAUAGAAGAUAUACUGCAGUAUACAUUUGUUUUACCUCUAUAGAGAUUUAGUUGCUGAAUAGAGUAGAUUAGCCUCAGGCCAAGAAUUCUUUUAACAAAUCAUAUGUGCAUAAGGCUUUGCUGUUCAGAAAUUGCUGAUUUUUCAUAGAGUAUUCUUAUCCAUUGAUCACUUGGCUUAAUGCCAGCAAAAAUAUUCACUAAAUACCUGCACAGGCAUGGAUCCUGUUGAAGUGUUUGCUUCUAUACAAUGAAAUAGUUAUCUUAAUUGGAUACCCUCUUAUUUCCCAUUGUCUUGUGAUGUACUGGGAACACUUUGAUAGAAUAUGAUCCAGUUACUAUGUGCACCUAUUGGGGCUCUGGCUCACAUUUUGUAUGAUACCAGGGUACAUUGACCCUGUCUUUUGGCUCCUAGGCUGUACAGAGUUUCUUUAUGCAUGUUGCAGGGUUUUGCAAGUUAGUCGGUUUAUUCCCUUUAGGAAUAAGCAUGUGCAGGGGAAGCUUAGUUUAAACGAUCAGUGGAUCUGACGUGGCAGCCGGCUGUAAGGCGUGGUGAAACAAGAACCCAUCCGAUCCCGUUAUUACAUGUCAGCUAUUAACCCUUUCAAAGCCAGAAGCAGCUGAAUUGCAAGUUUCCUGCCUCAGACCUGAACAGAACUCAGAGCUCUAACAGCUGAUCCAUUGCCUUAAGCAAAAGGAAGCCUUCUGGAGUAAUCAAGACAUUAUAAUUUAACUGUAUUUUGACCACCUUGUGUAUAUACUAUAUGUAUCUUUUUACUCUUGACUACUUUGUUAUUGCAACAUCUAUUACAAGAUGUAUGUGUAUUUGUGUGUGGGGGGGGGGAGGGAUGGGGAACAUAAGCAUACAGGACCCGAUGUAAGGGUGUGUGUUUUUUUUAUAUAUAUUUACCUUUUUGUCCUGUAUGCUUGUUACUUUUACCAGCCCUAUUCCAUAUAUUUGGCUUGUUUAAUUGAUUGCAUUGUUCACCUAUAUGCAUAUCCCUGAUUACUUUUCGCUGUGAUUUCUGCCUUCUUCACCCCUUCUUUUAUUGAUACCUAGCCAAAUUUUUGUUUUGCUUGAAUAACCCUCGCCUCAUCUGUGCAUACAUGCACCUCUCCAUUCCAUGGCUUUAUUGUAGGCCUAUUUGACACUAAUAUCUCUCACACAGCCUGAAUUACAAGUUUCCUGCCUUAGACCUGAACAGAACUUAAUACCCUCAUAACCAUGCUUUCCCAAGAACCCAAGUGCCUUUCACAUUUUUAACACUCUACUUCGCUACUCACUUCUUUGAGAAUAUUUCUGCAAUCUGUGAAGAGAUCUCUCUCCUUCCCCUACCAAUAUUAUCGCCCCCUCUGUUUUAUCCUCACUUGCACAUGUUAUGCCAGAAUAGGUUUUUUGCUCAACUUUAGUCCUCCAGCCCCACAACUUGUUCCCUGAAAUCUCACUCAUGCCUUGCUCUGCCCAUCACUAAAAUAUUCAAUCUCUCCCUCUCCUCUUGCAUAUUUCCUCCAACCAUCAAUCCCAUUCUUUAAAAAAAAAAAAGUGUCCAACAUUGAUUCUAAUUCACCUCUCGUUACAACAGUUUUCCUCCAAGAUCCUUGAGUGAAUUGUGUACACUACAUUGACAGGCCAACUUGAAUUAAACUCUCUACUCAACCCACUUCAGACUGGAUUCCAUGCUCAUCGCUGUCAAAAACCAUCCUGACCAAUGUAUGCAAUGAUUUAAUUGCAACUAAAUCCAGUGGUCGUUACUCUUCUAAUUCUCAAACUUUAUGCUGUUGUUGAUCAACAACUUUUUCUCAUCCUCCCUAAUCUGUUUGCAGGGUCCGGCUCAUCUUCCUGUCCUCUUGCACCUCUGUCAGUCCUUACACUGGCUUGCUGUAAGAUUACAGGCUCAAUUUAAAAUUCUGGCGUUUGCUUAUAAAUCUUUACGUAAUGCUGCUCCUAAAUACUUAUUCUCACUAAUACAGAAAUGUCCCAUUCUGCUCCCUACACUCUGCCAAAGAUCUGUAUUUAUCCUCUGAUCGCACCUCUUUUACCCACCUUCACUAGGGCCCUUCCCUGCUCAGUUAGACUUUUGCCUUGUCUCCGUUCCUUUCAAUGAUCAUUUAAAAACUUGCAUAUCAAUUAAACUUUAGUAGAUUUCCCCCUCUGCACAUUGGUAACCGACCGUGCUUUCUCUCCUGUAACUAACCUUUCAUUGUAAACUAUUCUAGUGGACUACUUUUCCCCCAUACAUGAAGUACAUCCUACCAUUUCUUGUUGUGCCACUUUACCCCACUCCGUAUAGAAUGUAAGCUCAAUCAAAUUAAGCAAGACCCUCAACACCCUCUGUUCCUGCGCAUUGUUAUCAAUACCUGUCCGUUAGUCCACCUAUUGUACAGUUCUGCAGAAUUUGUUGGCGGUAUAUAAAAUUUACCUUGCUAGAACUCUGUGCCACAUCAUCAGAAAUACUACUGGUUAAUCAGUAGUUUGCACUGCUUCUUAGUUCAUUCAUUGUGUCUCACCUAAAAUUAUAGCACAGUUGCAUGAAGAUUUAUUGUAUUUUCAUUAGACAUACAAAAAAGUAACCAAGACAAAUGGGUAUAACGAUCAUACAACAAUGCAACAUUUUCCUUAUAUUUAAUACCAUCAUUAGCAAAGGAAAAAGAACAAUUAUCAUUCUAUACUUGACAAGUUAAAAACCUAAAUACAUACAUAAACAUAAGUCGGUCAUCGACGGUCCACCAGAGUAAAUAAUUUGCUAUUUAUUUUUAAAAAAAAAUUAAUCUUCGGAAACUGAUUUAAGUUCUUAACAGCUCCUGGUCUGUUAAUUAUUGUAGCAGCUAGGAUUGUUGUAAUUGUUAUCUUAAAGGGAUGCCAUAGUCAUCAUAAUUGCAGCUUAUUGUAUUUGUUCUGGUGAGUAUAGUCAGUCCCUGCAAAAAAUGUUUGCAGCAAACACUCUAUUCAGAGAAAAUGCAGUGUUUUUCACAUUACAGUCUAGAGAUACCUUCACUGGCCUCUCCUCAGAUGGCUACUAGAGGUGCUUCCUGGGGCAGUGUUACACAAUGUGCAGCACUGCCAUUCAGUGUUUCCACCCACUGCAUGCAGACACUGAGCGUUCCUCAUAGAGAUGCAUUGAUUAAAUGCAUCUCUCUAUGAGGAGAUGCUGAUUGGCCGUGGCAGUGUUUGGCUCCGCCCCCAGUCUACCUCCUCAGCUAAGAUCAUCAGAAUUGUUCAGCCAAACCAAUGCUUUCCUUUUUUUUAAUACUAUAGGGUCAGUAAUACACGUUUGUGUUCCUGAUCCCAUAGUGUUCCUAUAAUGUUCCCUUCUAAUUUGAAAAUUAAUGUGGCACUUCCAUUUAUGAAUAUCUUUGUUGCUAUUUCAUUGAUAUCCCUGCACUGUUUUGUCAUAUGUGCUGACAUUUUUGAAAAAGGUGACAACCUGAUUUUUAGCAACUUCUUCCUGUGCUUUACCCCACCCUAUAGAAUGUAAGCUCAAUCAAAUUAAGCAAGACCCUCAACACCCUCUGUUCCUGCGCAUUGUUAUAAAUACCUGUCCGUUAGUCCACCUAUUGUACAGUUCUGCGGAAUUUGUUGGCGCUAUAUAAAAUUCAUCUUCACUUUAUUGCAUUGCACAUGCAUGAAAUCUAUGGAGGGUUUCACAGAAUCUUCUUAGGCCCCUCUUUGUGUGUGUGUGUGUGUAUAUAUGUGUGUGUAUGUGUAUGUAUGUAUGUAUGUAUAUAUAUAUAAAAUUAUAUUCUGUUGGCAGUGCCAGGAAGGAGUAUUUUACCCCUUAAGGACCAAGCUUCUAGAAUAAAAGGGAAUCCUAACAUGUCACACAUGUCAUGUGUCCUUAAGGGGUUAAACUAGUAUAUCUUCCUCCUUUCUAUCCCUGGUGCCACACUGGUAUUACUUGUGAGGCUCUCUGCUGCAAACCCAUCCUUGCAGAUGUUGGGGUACAGACAUAACCCUGCUACUUGUCAGAUUGGUUUAUUAACAUUGAUUGGUUUAGAGGAAAAGAAAGCUGCCAAUGUAAUCCUGUCUCCUGGAUCAGUAAUUUCAAAGGAGAAAUGUUGCUUCCACUUUGGUUGUCCAAAACACAACCAGCGUGUGUAUGUAAGUCUCUCACACACUAUUUAUUUAGUUUGAACAUCUCCCCAAGGCUCUUUAAACAGGGUUGUGUGCAUGUGCGAUCAGAAGUUUGGCGAUUGCUGCACAUUGCCUGGUUCACAACCGAGCUGUGCGCCGACCCAGACUCCUACCGUCUAAUUCAGCAGUUCCACACCUUUGUGGGGAGAUAUUUAUGGAGCUCACACAUCUUUGCAGAUCUGAUAUUCUAACCCCACCCACAGACCACAGUGAGAGCCUGUUUCUAAUCUGCGAGGGGUAAGCCUGCUGUAGCACUUGCCUUUGCAAGUUCUGCAGUUUCUUUUAAGAACUGUACCGUAAAGUGUUUUAUUCAUUUUUCUGCAAAUGGACAUGUACUCCCUUCAGCUCUGGUGACAAUUGCCGUGUGUGUGUGUGUAAAAAUAAAUAAAUAAAUAAAUAAAAUAAAAAAUAUAUAUUAUAGCUCCUGAUAGUAUAUAAUUCAUGAAAAGACAUGAAUGAAACUACUUGACAUGCAAGUAGAAUUGCAGAGGGUUGAUAUCAAUAUUCCAUAGACCCAGGAUUUAACAUAUAUUGAGCUAUAGGAGGAUGCACACUGGCUGCAAAAUAUCAAUUUAUCUUCUUUCCCAGCAGAAGAUGCAGAUUUGCAGCAAACGUGAGGGACAAUAACAGUUCAAUGUUCUAAGUGACUCUAAGUAGCUAUACUACUUCUGAAUUCAGUUAUACUCAGUCACUUUAUAGAUGUGCAUGAUCUUUAUCAUCACAGCAAAAUUUCCAGUCUCCAACUAGCCAUUGGCGAGUAAAAAUGAUCCCAUUGGUGAGUAUGCCAUGGUAUUUUAAAUACCUGCAAACACUGACACAGUGUUAUUUUCAGAUAUAAAUAGUUUGAUAGACAAAGGGUGUUAAAAAAAAAAAAAACCUGACAUGCCAAAAUCUUUGAGACUGAAGCAUGUGGAAAUAUCUAAUUGGCUUCCUCUCCUUUCAGUCUCACGGUGAUAAGAUGUAGCUGAUACCCCAAGCACCGUGAGCAUUGGGUCUACGUUUGGAUUGCCCUUAUUACUAGGCGAGACCUUAAGCAAACGCUUUAAAGAGAGAAGAAAAAAAAAAAAAAAAAGCUGUCUGAUGCUGGAAUGUGUAUUGUAGGAUCUUUUUUUUUUUUUUUCCUUUUCCUUUCUUGAGUUUCAUUAAUGCACUUUCUCAGCAAUACUUUAAAGGAGGGGAAAAAAAAAAAAGUAUGAAGCUAACUGCUCCUAGAUAAACAAACAUGCUACGAUCUAAUGAUGACUGUGCUGUAAAUAAUUGGUUACCUGCUUCUCACCUAUAAUUACCAGGUGUUGGUAUGACAAGUCUUGUAUAGUUUAACCCUUUAAGGUACCAUGGCAGACUAAUUACAUGGUUUACGACUCUUCAUUUAAAAGUGACGUGGCUUUUACAGAGCUGCAAAUGCCAAAAGCAGGGCAUUCCUUACUAGCAUGGCUUUUGUACGAGCCAAAUGGGGAGGGUGGCGAGAAAUAUAACUUGUCCUUAACAGUUUAAAGAAAUAUUGCCUAUCAUCUUGGCAGAAUGUCCAAGGGGUAGAUGACGAUAUGAGCACCACACUUGUAAACACCUUGCUUUAAAUAAAAACACUUAAUUUACUUGCCUGAUCCCUGCGCCGAUGUUCCUUGGUCGCAGCUCUGCCUCCUUCAACAUUACUGACGAGGGGGUGCUAUUGCACGGCAAGAGCCGCGCAGCACUAAGUGCAAUAGGGACACUGCACACAGACCCCUUAAACAAGCUGAAGUAGUCUGGGUGUCUCUAGUGUCCUUUUUAAAUGUGGAUUUGUCAAACAAAUGUACAAGAACAAUGUAAAACUUGGGUAUUCUUGUAAACCUGUGUGGGAGUGAUUUUCUUGUGCUUUUUUAUUUAAUCUAUAACUUGUCAUCCGUGAUUCCUUCUCACAUGGUUAUCACAGGUAGGUAUGUAUUACUUACUGCACAAAGGUCAAAAUCAUUGGCAUGUUAUUGCAUUCUUCUCCUUGAUAAAUGAUUUAUACAAUAUUCAUGAUGUAAUACUGUUAAAUAGAUUGACUAGCAGUUGGUACUUUGUUUCAAUUGACAUCUCAACUGUUUUUUUGUUUUUUAUCACUAUAUAGAACAAAUUUCACCCUCAUGUUAUUCUAACAUGACAUUCAGUUUGUUCUAUGGAAACUUAAUUUAGGGCAGGGAUGCCCAAAAGGUAGAUCCCCAGAUGCUUUAGAAUGACAAAGCAUCAUGGAAGCUGUAGUUUGUAAAACAUCUGGGCAUCUACCUUUUUUGAGGACCCCUAAUUUAGUGUCUCUGAUGCAGUAUGGUAAACUCUGGGUGUGUUUUUUUUUUAUAACCAUAUCCUGUCCUCUCCUUUAUCCAACAGCGGCUUCGAUAAUAGGACGGUUUUUAAUCAAAUUAUUUUCUCUCAUCAGGUAUUUCUGGGAAGAGUCAGCUCCUCUUUGCAUUAGUGUUCACUACUAGAUACCUGGAUCUCUUUACAUCCUUCAUUUCAUUGUACAACACCUCUAUGAAGGUAUGUAUUGACUAGAUUACCUCUCUUUACCACACACAAAUGGGAGUAGGCUAUUCUGGAAUAUUGGUUGGCUUUUCUGGUAGCUAAGCUUUAACCUUAAAGCAAUCCUACAAUAAUGUCACUUUUGCACUUAAUCAGCUAUGUUUCUUGUAUUUCAUUAUGACCUGGGGUUUAAAGGUUUUCUCUGUCCAUGUUGUGCUUGUGCUGUGCUGCUCCCAGAGAGUGCCCUGGCCAUUACCACACAAUACAAUUGUGACCAUUAAAGCAUAACGGUGUUAAAAGUGAUUGCUUUGUAUAAACAUUUUUCAUACUAUACACUCUCUUAUUUAUUUAUUUAUUUUUUUUGAUUCAUUGAACUUCAUCGAAGAGCCAUCAAUUUAUAUAUAAUUCAUUUUUUUUUUUUUUUUUUUAAAGCCAAUGCUCACUAUUCUGCUGCAGCAGUGCCGUUCAGCGUCUUCACGCUCUGCAUGGGGACACCGAAUUUUCCUCAUAUAAAUGCAUUGAUUCAAUGCAGCUCUAUGAGGAGGUGCUGAUUGGCCAAAACUGCCCCCUUGCCAAUUUCAGCCAAUCCAAUGCUUUCCCAAUGGGAAAACAUUGGAUUGGCUAAAAAUCUGCAGUUCUGAUGUCAACAAUGGGGCGGAGCUAGUGCCAGCCGGCCCACGCAGCACUGGAAAUAAGGUGAGUUUUAACUGCUUUUAAGGGGCAGGGGCAAGCCACAUAAAUGGUAGGUUAAACUCUAUAGGGUCAGGAAUACAUGUUUGUGUUCCUGACCCUAUAGUGUUUAUUUAAACACAAGAAAUAUGCACUAAAGGAAUACUUGGCAUGAGCUGGGUAUCAUUCCACAUAAGAAAUCUUUGUGUUAACUCAGAAGUCACUGUGUGCAUUACUCUCUUCUGCUUUGCUGCUUGCUAAAGGAGUAUGUAGUACUUUGGCCGAAUAGGGUCCUUGAAGUGGGACCGUAACUUCUCUGGAAGUGACAGUUCUGUGUUCCCUUACCCAGUACAAAGUAUUGAAGCUAUUAUUGGUGUGAAUGUAUGUUUCAUUGAUCCUCCGCUUUAACAAGUAUCUAGAUUCUAGAAUGUCUUUAUAAAGUAAACUGUAACAGAUGUUGAGAAAUGUAAUCAGCUUGCCUGUUUAUAGUAUGGUUGUUAUGCUAAGCUAGUAUGACAGGUUUGUUCACUUCUCCUGGAGGUCUGUAUAAUCUCCCUAUUGGAUUGGGCUGUGUUUCCCAACCAGUGUGAACAUUGCGUGAUGCCUUCUGUGAGAAGUCGUGCAAUAAAUCCCUAGCUCAUCAUGGUGCUAAUCUGUUUGUAAUUGUGCUGUACACUGUCGCUUGGUUUAGCUAAUGUUACAUUUACUGCUCUAUGGGUUAGAUUGGCCACACCAACCACAGCAUUGAACAACGCAGCCAGUGACAUGCAAGUUUCAGAGGAAAGCUGACUUUUUCUCUCUUGCCCUACAGUCUGCAAAGCAGUUUACAUGUUCAGUUUUAUUUUGUCAUGUAAUAUAACACAAAAUCACAUUUACAGUUGUGAUUUGCUCAGAUGUUAAGCGAAAAUAUCAAUGCUUACAUGAGUGGUAUAACAAUUACUCCACAAGUAUAGUAACAACCGUGGUUUUGGUUUUGUUUUGUUUUUUAUAUUAACUGAGAGACCCUGCGUGUCAGUAGUCAAUAGCUAUAACAGUGAAUCAGGGGGACCGGUACAAGGCUUUGUGUGCCUGCAGCUUGACAAAGCAAUGUGCCAACUGCGUGUUGCACAUAUGGCACCGAUAUGCGUUCAAUUUCUGCAUGUAAGCUACUCGUAACUGUGGCCGCCUCCGGCCAGGAGGGUAUGUAAUAAAGGCUCAGAGCUGAGGCUGAACAUGUGAUGGAACAUGUACUGCAGAAAGGGGCAACUUGGAACGUUCAGUCUGGCUUAUGGGGUGGGGGGGGGUUAUCAACUGGGUAGUAUGCAUGUCAUAUGCUUACGGAGCCAGAGUGCUUGGGAGACUUUAAGUUCAACACAUAAUUAUUGAAAAUUAAACAAUGCGUUUAACAGUAAUGUCAGCCGCCCUUGGCGACAGGUAGGAAAGUCAGCAGUCUCCGGUGCUGCCCGUCUGGGCACAAAUGGAGUGAUUCUCUCCACCAUCCAGGAUGAUUGUGCCUUUUUUUUUUUUUUUCCACGGUCCUCGUCGGUAGACCUAAGGAAUAGAGGAACGUUGUUGCCUCUGAAAUGUGUGUCAGGAGAUGCGUCUUGUCGUUCCUGUCCACCAUCAAUCGGUGCAGGCUCCACUUGUAUGGGAUGGAGUGUUCUCUCAGUAGUUGCGUAACUGGUCGGAGUGCCCUCCGCCAGGUGAGGGUACCUCUAGAAAAGUCUCUGUAAGACUAGGUGUGCUCCCUCGAAAGGUAUUGUGGGAGAGCUUUUAACAGUGCUCAUGAGGGCCCCUCGGUCGGAGUCCUUUGCAAGCUUCAGCAAUACAUACAUAGUUGCGUCUUUGGAUGACGCAAGCAGGUAUCCACCACAAGCUGUUUUGGCGGCAGGAGUGGGGCAAUAAGCCUCCUGCAGUAAUGGUGUAGUUCAGCAUUUAAGAUAGUGUCAGGGACGCCACGUAUUCUCACAUUGCGUGCUCUGACCCUGUCUUCCAUGCUAGCCAGUUGUGCUGUCAAAUCGUCACAUCUCUUUUGUAGGGAACCAAGAGCAGCAAGUGUGGCAGAUUGUGCCAGUUUGGUGCUUUCCAUGUCUCCCUCCACCGCUUCCACUUUGCUAGUAAGUGUUGUGACGUCUUCCCGAACUAGGGCCAUAUCUGCCUGGAACAUGGCUUUAAUGUCCUGCCUCAGUGCUUGUAUGUCUGCUUUAGUAGAGGGGGCAGAAUCUCCCUCCUCCAGAGGUGCUUGGGAUACAGAGUGUACCUGGGAUGGGGCAGGAGGCAGAUCCUGGAGGCUGUUGUCGUCCGAUGCUGGCGCCAUCUUGGAAGGUGCUGGCCACGCAGUCGGGUGCAUGUAUGCACCUAUGUCUCUGGAACCGGAGCCCAGAUCCGCCCGGUGCUUUUAUUUCUUUUUUUUUUUUCCCAUGGGUUAAGGAGUCCAGGGAGCCUCAUUAGUCGGAGCUGCACAGUAACACGUCCUGCUUGAUCGGGUGCUGGCUCUGCCCCCCUUUUUAUUUUAUUUUUUUUAUGUAGAAUAUUGAUAUUUUGUGAAAAAUCCUAUUUGUUAACUAAAUUUUUAUAUCUGGAUGUUUAACAUUCUCUCUAAUACGGUGGAGGAUCCCAUGUAUGUGAAAAUGUCUUACUAGAGCAGGGGUUCCCAUGCCAGUCCAGGAUUUAGUGAUUACCCUGUUGUUUCUAAGGUGUUUUUAGAAAAGGGGGGGGGGGUAGCACUUUAGGAUUUACACUGUUGUGUCUAGACUGGAAGGGGGUUGAGGACAGGGCUGGGAACCCCUGCUCUAGUAAGACAUUUUCACAUAGCUGGGAUCCUCUGGGUAUAAACAUUUUGGUUUCAAGUGCAUGUAUGUAGAAGCAUGGUUUAAAAACCUGGGUUAAAUUGGUCCCAUCACAUUAGUCAUACACUGGGAAAUCUGCCUAGACUGUAGCACUCCCUUUCCUAACCCUUCAACCCCAGGAGGAGAGUAAUGAGACUUGUUUUCAGUAGUCUUAGUAUUUAUUCCAGUUAAGGAAUUGGUUACUGAACUUGUUCUAUAAUUGAGCAAUGGGUCACUGAGCUUGGGCUAUUUAAUAAAAAUUAAAGCUUUAGGACCGUUCAUUUAGGGAUAGUACUGAGGUGAAACCAGGACUGUGCUGUAUAAACACAGCUUUUCCAACCAGUGGAAAUUACUUGCUGCAUGUAAAUACGUGUUGGGUUGCUUGUUAAUAUUUAACAUGGUUUUUACUCCAUUUCAGCUGAUCUAUAUUGCCUGCGCAUAUGCUACAGUGUAUCUGAUAUACAUAAAAUUCAAGGCCACCUAUGAUGGAAACCACGACACAUUCAGAGUAGUGUUUCUUGUUGUUCCUGUUGGAGGGCUGUCAGUCCUUGUGAAUCAUGACUUCUCUCCUCUUGAGGUAAGUCCAUUUGCUGUUUUGGCACUGAAUUCUUUGCCUAUUCACUCCACAAAUGUAAUUUUCUUCUUUAAAUGAACACUUUAGUGUUGGCAAUACAAAGCUGUGUUUCUCACACUAUAGUGUCCCUCAGCAAUCAAAGGGCUUAAAAAAAAAAAAAAAAAAGUUUUACACUUCUAAUGCAUGAGUACAUCCAACUUUGUUUGUUUUUAUGAAGGUAUACUCGGUGCAGUAUUCACCCUGCAAUGAAAACUUUGCAGUUUAUUUAUCUGUGGUCAGCUGCAGAAUUAAAGGGACAACCACUUCAAUGAGAUUAAGUGGUCUGGGUGCCUACAGUGUCACUAACUUGACGGCUAAUUCUUAGCUUCCAUUUUGUAAUUAUUUUACAUUCUAACCUUCUGUUUAGUCCCUUCUAGACGAAGUUUUGAGCCCUGUGACGAUAUUCAUUGCUUGCAUAACUGUGGCAAGAUAUAGGACAUACAUUGAAUGUCUUGUGUAAUAAGAGGUGUACUUGGCACUUUACAGGUAAUAUUACAGCAAGAUUAUUCAGAUAUUAGAAUAGGAGAGCAGUGUGUAGAUAAGUUGAUGGACACUCAAAGAUGCAUAGAUAAUACAUCAGAAAUGAUUUAAAUUUUACAAAGACAGGUGGCUCAGAGAUCCUGCAGCAAAACCCCUUCCUGUAUCCCUUAUACCUAUGUUUAGCAAGAGUUCACAGAAUAAUUGGUUCAGCCCCCACUCACAGUUCCAAUCAUGGCACAGAAUGAGUGACCUGGAUCUACAAGUUACUAGCUGCCGUACCCUGUUGUGAGUUUGUGGUGGGUUCCCCACCCACCCUCCCAAUCUAUAGGUAGGAAGGUGUGUGUUAUUCAAAGCCUAAUUCCAAACCAACAUUAAAGCUGUCUUCUUCCCUCAGAUCCUGUGGACUUUCUCUAUUUAUUUGGAAUCUGUGGCCAUCCUCCCCCAGCUUUUCAUGAUAAGUAAAACAGGUGAAGCAGAAACCAUCACCACUCAUUACCUGUUCUUUUUGGGUUUGUACCGUGCCUUGUAUCUCUUCAACUGGAUUUGGCGCUUCUUUUUUGAGGGAUUCUUCGACCUGAUUGCAGUAGUGGCAGGUGUGGUGCAGACCAUCCUGUACUGUGACUUCUUCUACUUGUAUGUUACAAAAGGUAGGUUUCUCUUUAAGCUCCAGUGGUGAAUGAUUGCAGAAGUAGGUUUCUCUGAUUAUAUAAUCUUUGCCAUCCAUGUCUCAGCUGCCUGUCUAUAAAAGGGGUUAAAGUAGGGGUGCACAUUCUCCAGCCCCAAGCCAAAUCCGAUCUGUGAAUGCAUGACCACUGGCCUGUUACAGUGGUUUUUCUUUACACAUGUGUGAAUGGUGGGGAGGUGAGCAGCAGUGGUCAACUUCCAGGUCGGUAGAGGCAAAAGUUGGGAGGAUGAGUGGAGAAUUAAAAUCUUUCUACAGAUUUAAUCCUGCAACAAGAUCUUAGAAAGAUUCAAGCACAACCAUCCCAUUGACUUCAUAUUGUGACCCCUUGUAAGAAUUUCAGUCUGUUAUCUGGCUCCCCUAGGUUUAUUGAACAGUCCCACCCCAAUAUCUCCUCAUGGCACCAUCUUUACUUCAGGGUUAAAAUUUUUUAUUUAUUUUUCGAAACCCCAGUGUUUGUCCCUUGGCAACUUUCUUUCCUUCCUCUGGCCACCACAAUUUGAAGGUGUUUUUUCAGGCAGCACGUGAUGGGCUGAGCGCAUCAGAUAACACUCUUGUUCCAUCACUGGCCGCCCAGCUAAAUCCUUCUAAUUCUGUGACUGUCAGAGAAAGGACACAAAGGUGGAGCUAUGUCGGGCAACGGGAGACAUACUCUGGUGUUAAACCGUUUGGAAAACAGUUUAACACUUUGAAGUAAGAUUUUGUCCCCAUAACCUCUUCAAUGAACUGAAGAUAUUGGCUGAGACUGUUUCAUUAAAGGACCACUCUAGGCACCCAGACCACUUCAGCUUAAUGAAGUGGUCUGGGUGCCUGGUCCAGCUAGGGUUAACCCAUUUUUUCAUAAACAUAGCAGUUUCUCUGAAACUGCUAUGUUUAUGAAUGGGUUAAGCCUCCCCCUAUUUCCUCUAGUGGCUGUCUCAUUGACAGCCACUAGAGGCGCUUGCGUGCUUCUCACUGAUUUUCACAGUGAGAGCACGCCAGCGUCCAUAGGAAAGCAUUAUGAAUGCUUUCCUAUGUGACCGGCUGAAUGAGCGCGCAGCCAGCCGACGGGGAGGAGGAUCGGAGGAGGAGAGCUCUCAGCCCAGCACUGGAAAAAGGUAAGUUUUUACCCCUUUCCCCCUUCCAGAGCCAGGUGGGAGUGGGACCCUGUGGGUGGGGGCACCCUCAGGGCACUAUAGUGCCAGGAAACAUGUGUUUUUUCUGGCACUAUAGUGGUCCUUUAAUGUUUGAUAUAUCACUAGCUUCUAACAUUGUAAGAUAAAGCCUAAUUAAGAGUUUGGGCACACCCUUUCUACAUCGUGUUCCUUAUUCUAGUAUUCAGUGCUAAAAAUGGAAUGUAUUUGUAGAACAUGUGUGCAUUCUAGAACUGUGCCUGUCAAGCCCCAUCAUUAUGUGGGUAUCUGUAACCGCUCUCUCAUAAUCACUGGUUAUUUGGAUGAGUAGAAAUGCUAGAUAUGACUACCAGUAAAUAAUUUAAAACUUAUGACUAAAAAGAUUAAUAUAACGUUGCAGCCCUAUGGAUUGUAAAUCUUGGAUAAUAAACAAGUAACUCUCAAGCUUCAAGUGACCAAGGAUCCUCAUGAUGCUGAGUUAUAACCUGGAAAAAGUGUUGCUCUUCAUGCAUCUAUAUGUAAAAAUGGACAUUGCAGGCAUUCUCUGUCUAGUAAUUCAAAGACCACAAAGUCCUGAAUUUACUAAACGGGAUAACGUAAAUUGUUUUAUUAUACAAAUGUAAACAGUUUACGUUAUUUGAGCAUAUUUUGGGCAGUUUUAAAGCAAUAUUGGAUAGGAUAGUUGAUUUUCCACUGAUAUAUCUGUCUUAGAGACACUAUAGGCACCCAGACCUCUUCAUUGAGAUGGAGUGGUCUGGGUGCUAUGUUCCUCCCCUCUGCUUUAAUAACUCUGCAAAUAAAAACAUGUUUUCAUUGCAGGUAUAAAAGUCUCUGGUGGCGGUUAUUCAGACUGCCACCAGAGGUGCUUCCUCGGAAAUAGCAGAGUAAAAACUGUUUUAAUCAUCUGGUUGGCGAAGUCCAGUGUUUUUGUAGUGCAUACUCACAAGCCUCUCGCUGCUUUCCUAUGGGAAAGCAGUGGAGUGGCUGAGGUGGCAUUUUAUUUUUACUAUACAGGUGGCGCCAGAGGGUACUAGGAAUGCACAUUUGUAUUCCUAAUGCUACAGUGUGCAUUUAAUUUCAAAUUAGCCAGAGCUUUACAUUUUAAAAACUCUAGACUUUUUAUCCUAUUUUGUGUGUUUAGGAAAAAAGUCUUGCUUUAGACAUAUUUUAUAAACAUAUAGACAUAAAAUAUAUUUUAUUUGUAUUGUUGUUUUAUUAUUUAUAUAGCGCCAUCACAUUCCGUAGCGCUGUACAUUUGUCUCUACACCAAUAGGUUUAUGUAUCUAACCAAAUGUUUGUUGCUUUCUUAUUGCAGUACUAAAGGGAAAGAAGUUGAGUUUGCCAGCGUAAGUGCCAAAAAUGUGGACCAGCGGCUGUCCUCUACAGCAGUUGGACAGAACAAUCCUCUACCAUGAGUGAAGGUGUAAGAUGCCUGAAGCAGAGUCAGAAACACUACUGUCUUUAUGCAGAACUGCUCUUUUUGCUGCCGGAGAGGCCCAAAUCAAAUCAGAGGCCAGCCCCUCCAACAGCAAAGUAGUAAUGUAAAAGCCGACUCUUGGAAACAACUGAUUUGUUUUAUGCAUCUUGCCUUCUCAUUUUUUUUAUGAUGUAUAAAGAUUUUUUUUACAUACAAAAUGUAUACUGUAAUGAUAAAUCCAGUGCACCGUUUCAGUUCAAUAGUUGUAAAAGUGAGAUUUUUGUGAAGUUUACAACUAGGUUCAAGUGCAAAAUUGUCCUUUUACCUGUCCCAACAAGGAGACUGCCAUUCUAUUUCAUCAUUCCACUAUAAUUUAUUACAUUUUCCUACUUCCAAAAUAGAAUUUCAAAUAUCUUAUUUUUUUUUUUUUUCACCUCUCAUUCUCCCCUAAUAUUAAGCAAUCUAUGUUCUGAGUGAAUUCUAGAGAACUAAACAACGUUCCCAGGCUAUUUCCAACUUUAUUUUGUCUCCAUUUUAUUGAAAACUUCUUUUUCAUUCCUAAACAGUUUUGCAUAAUAAAAUAUAUGGAUCCAAAUGUAUUGAUGUUGAUGUGUUGCAGGGAAACAUACUAUUGUCAUAAAAUGCAACAAAGGGGGAAAUAAAUAAAUAUAUAUAUAUAUAUAUAUAUUCAUUCUGUAUCUGUACGUUUUACUAAAUAAAAAAAUAAAAAAUGUACACACCUUUGUAAAAUUUCACAAUUUAGUGAACAAUGAGAACCACAGAAUUGUUUCGAUGUAAAGUGUCAAAUGCCUGUAUGUCCAUCUUUCAUAUUGAAACCAGUUUGGAAGGUCUUAAACUGAUCAUCUCUUUGGGCAUCCCCAGUAGCUUUCCUGCAAGAUCUGUUUUUAUAUUUUGUGAAUAAACACUAGUUUUUGAUUUUACAUGGAAAAUAGCAUAAUAACCACAUCAAUCCUUGGCUUCCUGUAGAAUUUACUAAGCUGAAAUUAAUUCUACCUUUUUGUCUUGGUAAUCCUUUACAGGAGGUCUUAAGAGCUAAACAAACUAAAACGUACACAAUGUAGCAAAGGUUAUUUUUAAAACUUAAAAAAAAAAAAAAAUCCUGGCUUACGUUGCCUACUGUAGAGCAAAACCCAUGUUUAAACUUCCUUUUUAUUGCAGUAUGACGUGAUUUCGAAAAUGUUUCUUUUUAAAACGGUAUUGGAUAUAUAAAAUGUCUCUCAUUGCCUUUACACCCUGCCCACAUCUUUUUGCACAAUCAUACAUCUUUUAAAAGGACAUUCUUGUCUUGUAGCAAGGCAAAAUUUUAACUUUGUGAUUUUUAUUUUUUUUUGGAUAAUUCUUGUGUAUUAAAAGAACAAAGUGGCAAAUAGACAAACAUUUCAUUGAGUCGUCAUUUACAGAGUUUCCAACUCUGCUCUAAUAUUGCAUAUACGAUAAAGACUGCAUGCUCAGAGGGUUACAAUGUACAAGACUGAGCUUAAUCAUGUGUGGCCUCCCAAAUAUUUGCAGUGUACAAUAAAGAUGCUGAGUUUUUGGAGGG